AUGAUGUCUGGACUGAUUGAAGGACUUCCUGAUGCUGUUGCAAUUAGGUGCCUUGCACGGGUUCCUUUCUACCUUCACCCCAUGUUAGAGUUUGUCUCACGUUCAUGGCAAGCAGCUAUUCGUAGCUCUGAACUAUUUAAAGCUCGGCAGGAGGUUGGUUCUACAGAGGAUCUGUUAUGUGUCUGUUCCUUUGAUCCAGAGAACUUAUGGCAGCUGUAUGACCCUAUGCGAGAUCUCUGGAUUACACUUCCUGUUCUUCCGUCAAAGAUCAGGCACCUGUCCCACUUUGGUGCUGUUUCCACUGCUGGAAAGUUGUUUGUGAUUGGUGGUGGAAGUGAUGCUGUUGAUCCUUUGACUGGGGACCAAGAUGGUUGUUUUGCAACAGAUGAAGUCUGGUCAUAUGACCCUGUAGUCCGGCAGUGGGCCCCUCGUGCGUCAAUGCUUGUCCCCCGUUCUAUGUUUGCCUGCUGUGUUUUGGAUGGGAAAAUUGUUGUUGCUGGGGGCUUCACUAGCUGCAGAAAAUCAAUAUCUCAAGCAGAAAUGUAUGAUCCUGAGAAGGAUGUUUGGAUUCCAAUGCCUGAUCUUCAUCGCACUCAUAAUUCGGCCUGUUCAGGAGUAGUGAUCGGUGGAAAGGUGCAUGUACUGCACAAGGAUAUGUCAACAGUGCAAGUUUUAGACAAUGCAGGGCCAGGGUGGAUAGUUGAGGAAUGUGCAUGGCUCCAAGGUCCGAUGGCAGUUGUCCGUGAUGCACUUUAUGUGAUGAGCCAUGGAUUAAUCUUCAAGCAGGACAAAGAAGUGAGAAAGGUUGUAGGUUCAGCAUCUGAGUUUCGAAAGAGAAUUGGAUUUGCAAUGGCUGGACUAGGUGAUGAGUUAUACGUCAUUGGAGGCUUCAUUGGCCCUGACAGAUGGAAUUGGGACAUUAAGCCAUUAUCCGAAGUUGAUGUUCUCACACUUGGAAGUGAGAGACCAACUUGGCGCCAAGCAGCUCCAAUGACUCGGUGUCAUGGUACUAUUCUUGGUUGUACGCUGCUGAGAAUUUAG